AACGGUAGAGAGCAGUGGCUGCCGCUGCAGGGCUUAUCUGUUCUGACUUGACUCUGAAUUGUGUUUUUUAGGGAGAGACAGCCGAAGAGAGAUAUGGCAGGGCAGGGUAUAAAACGUUGGGCUUAAAGACGGGACCAGCCCGCCAUUUAUGCAAUUCUUUUCACCUUCCUCUAGCUCUAUAUUGAUUGCGCUACUAGUCAAGCUAAAGCUAAGCUCAAACCUCGUCAAUUUGCUCUCUCUCUCUGUCUCUCUUCCUUCUCUAUCUCUGCUUCCUUGUAUGUGAUUUGUUACUGGACUAACAAAAGGAGAGGAAGAAAGCUUCAAAAGGGUGCUAGUUUCUUGAUUUAAUUUUAUGGGAGGUUGCUUGAGCGCCCAAAUUAAAGCUGAGAGCUCAUGCAACACAGGGCUGAGCUCGAGGUAUGUUAGCACAGAUGGGAAUGAUCAUAGCUCGAGUAGCGAAGUCUCAUCAGUUUCAGUGCCACUAGCUCUUCGGACCGAAGGUCAGAUCUUGCAGUCCUCUAAUCUGAAGAGCUUCAGCUUUUCUGAUCUCAAGACUGCUACGAGAAAUUUUCGUCCUGAUAGUGUCUUAGGAGAAGGUGGUUUUGGUUCGGUUUUUAAGGGAUGGAUUGAUGAGCAUUCAUUUACUGCUGCCAAGCCUGGAACUGGACUGGUUAUUGCUGUGAAAAGACUUAACCAAGAGGGUUUCCAAGGGCACAAGGAGUGGUUGGCUGAAGUAAAUUAUCUGGGACAAUUUUAUCAUCCUCAUCUUGUGAAGCUGAUUGGCUACUGCUUAGAGGAUGAACACAGGCUUUUGGUAUAUGAGUUCAUGCCUCGAGGCAGCCUGGAAAAUCAUUUAUUUAGGAGAGGGUCUUAUUUCCAGCCUCUUUCUUGGAAUCUCCGCUUGAAGGUUGCUCUUGGUGCUGCCAAGGGGCUUGCAUUUCUUCAUAGUGCUGAAAAUAAAGUUAUAUAUCGGGACUUCAAGACUUCUAACAUUCUACUUGAUUCGAACUACAAUGCCAAGCUCUCUGAUUUUGGGUUGGCCAAGGAUGGGCCAACAGGUGAUAAGAGUCAUGUCUCGACCAGGGUUAUGGGUACCUAUGGAUAUGCAGCUCCGGAAUAUCUAGCCACGGGUCAUUUGUCUGCCAAGAGUGAUGUCUAUAGCUUUGGAGUUGUUUUGUUGGAGAUGUUAUCUGGAAGGAGAGCGAUCGAUAAAAAUCGGCCAUCUGGAGAACACAAUGUAGUGGAAUGGGCUAAACCCUAUCUGGCAAACAAACGAAAGAUUUUUCGAGUCCUGGACAAUCGUUUGGAAGGACAGUAUUCAAUGGAUGUUGCCUACAAGGCAGCUACCCUUGCAUCGCGUUGCAUUUCUAGUGAACCCAAGUUCCGGCCGAACAUGGAUGAGGUUGUUUCUUCGUUGGAACAACUCCAAGGUUCCAAAGAAACGGAAAGCACCAACACACCUUCAAGCAAUGCACGCAGACUUCGUAGACGAAGUGCAGAUGAUGCUAUUGGUGGAAAGACAGCAACUGCUUAUCCUCGACCGUCUGCUUCCCCUCUUUAUGCUUAAAAAUGGUACACCUUGACUAUACCUGUUUUCAUAUGUCAAUACAAUGCAGGCGGGUUAGCGACUAUAUCUGGUGAAUCAGGGCCAUUCAAGUAUACUUGUCAAAUGACUGUACAGUUCAUGGUUCAGCUAAUGUAUUGAAAAUCAACCUUCUGCUGACAAAAUCUGCUGAUCAGCCUGUAACACGAGUUUUCACAUUGUUGUAUCUUCCAGAUCUACCAAAAUGUAACACUUCUAUCAGGGAUGCAAUUGCUCUUGUAUGACGAUUGACGAGUUGGUUUUUUUUCUUCCACAGCCUAGCUGCUUGGAUUUGAUAUAUUUAAUAUUUAUUUUAUCACA